AUGCGUCUGCUUCAUUUCGAUCCCGUAGAGAAUUUAGGUGGUCCUCCCAGUGCUGCAGCAGCAACAGCUUAUACCCUAUUCUGGCCCGAUAGUUCUCGCUCGGCGCCGACACUAGCCAACGCACAUCUCUCUCCAGCUCAUUUUACCCCAGUUAAACUUGUUGACAGCACGCCAUGCGCUGAUCACAACACUCGUUUGCUCACCUUGCAGAUACCUGCCUCAUCGAUUCCUAAGCACAACUGGACUCCUAUAUGGUCCAUCUUCAUCAAAGAUGAUGACAUCCAAGUCGAGCGACCGUACACACCUCUUGAAGGCAUAGACGACCAAGGUUGUAUGAAGUUUUGGAUUAAAAGGUACGCGAAAGGUGAGGUCGGACGAUGGCUUCAUUCCAAGAAGGCGGGGGAGAUGGUCGAAAUCAGAGGUCCUGUAGUGACCUGGCCAUGGCAAGAAGAUAUGCCCGACGAUAUUGUCAUGGUUUCGGGCGGCACAGGAAUUACGCCAUUUUAUCAACUACUGCAUGAAUUGGUUUUAAAGAAAGGCGCGCUCGACUCUAAAACACGCUUCACCCUCCUUCACUCCUCACGUAGUCCCGCUGAGCUGCCGCCGCCAAACAUUCUGGUUCCCUUGAUAGCUCAUGCCAAAGCACAUCCACAGCAGCUGUCGAUAUCCUUGUUUGUAGAUUCACUGGACGGCAGUCACCACCCAUCUAUAUCUUCUUCCGAACUUAAAGUCGGCAGAGUUGACCAAAAUGCAAUUGAACAUGCUAUUGGUAAUUCAAGAAACUUGAAGACCUGGUGGAGCAAGCUAUUACGAAUUGACCGAGAUGAGAAACAGAAAGAUAGACAGACGCAUUUUCUCAUAUGUGGGCCAGAUCCGAUGGUGGCAGCCGUUGCAGGACCUUUUGGGCGGAAUUUCUCGCAAGGAGCUGUGGGUGGUAUUCUGGGCUCGAUGGGAUUUGAACGGACACAAGUAUGGAAGCUCUGA